GUUUGUUUAGUUUGUUAGCUACAAGAUGGCGGCACCCAUCGAAUCGCACCGCCUUGCUUUCCUUUGAAAUAUAACUGCAACAGAAAAUUAAUGCGUUUAAUUUUGAAGAGAUUAUCAAAAAAAAUGGUCUCAGAGUUACACAAUUUUGAUGGCUGUGCAUUCAUGUUGUUCCGGAUCUACGUUUCAUAUUUUCUUCUCGGGUGUCUCGCUUGCUAAAAUGGCGGCUCCCAUAGAUGGUUUUUUUUUGUGCUUCUUCUUGGCUAAAUAAGCUUGCGAGCUAGCAUCCACAGCCUGGACAUAUUUAUAUUCUCUAUACAAUUAUCUACAAGUGGUCUUGAACUGGGAACAACGCAUACAAAUCUUGAUACUAUAUUUGAUGUUUGAGUGCAGUAUUUUAGCAGGACGCGUUUUUUAAUCCUGUUAGUUUAGCGUUAACGUUACUGUAGCCAGCUACUGUUAGCUUGUUGUCAGUUAACGUUAGCUGGCUAGUCCUAACGGAAGCUAGCUAACUAGUUAGCUUAGCAUUGUUGUACAUUAGCAAUUUAGCUAUAUUGGAAAGCUUUUCAAAUUGGAUUUUUUUCCCUCAAAGAGAAACUGAAUCUACCGGCACCAUGACAUCUGGGAACUCUGGCUCAGUUCUGCAGCCACGGUGGAAGCGGGUGUUGGGUUGGUCCGGCCCUGUCCCUCGGCCCCGACACGGACAUCGUGCAGUUGCAAUCAAAGAAUUGAUGGUUGUUUUCGGGGGAGGCAAUGAAGGAAUUGUGGAUGAGCUACACGUAUAUAACACAGCAACCAAUCAGUGGUUCAUUCCUGCUGUCCGUGGCGACAUCCCGCCUGGCUGUGCUGCGUAUGGGUUUGUGUGCGACGGCACAAGGCUGCUGGUGUUCGGAGGGAUGGUGGAGUAUGGCAAAUACAGUAACGAUCUGUAUGAACUGCAGGCCAGUCGCUGGGAGUGGAAGCGUCUGAAGCCCAAGUCUCCUAAGAACGGCCCUCCUCCCUGUCCCCGCCUGGGACACAGCUUCUCCCUAGUAGGGAACAAAUGCUUCCUGUUUGGAGGACUGGCUAACGACAGUGAGGACCCCAAGAACAACAUCCCCAGAUACCUGAAUGAUCUGUAUACGCUGGAGCUGCGCGCCGGCUCCAGUGUAGUAGGCUGGGACAUCCCCAUCACCUACGGGGUGUUGCCCCCACCCAGAGAGAGCCAUACUGCCGUCGUCUACACAGAGAAGACCUCUAGCAAGUCCCGUCUGGUCAUCUAUGGGGGUAUGAGCGGCUGUCGACUGGGGGAUUUGUGGACCCUGGAUAUAGACACCCUGACAUGGAAUAAACCGUCUAUCAACGGGACAGCUCCUCUUCCCCGCAGUCUCCACUCUGCCACAACCAUCACCAACAAGAUGUACGUUUUCGGAGGCUGGGUUCCCCUGGUGAUGGAUGACGUCAAAGUAGCGACACACGAGAAGGAGUGGAAGUGCACCAACACACUGGCCUGUCUCAACCUAGACUCGAUGGCGUGGGAGUCGGUGCUGAUGGAUUCUCUAGAAGAUAACAUCCCCAGGGCCAGGGCCGGUCACUGCUCCGUGGCCAUCAACUCACGUCUCUACGUGUGGAGCGGCCGGGACGGAUACCGCAAGGCCUGGAACAACCAGGUGUGCUGUAAGGACCUCUGGUACCUGGAGACAGAGAAGCCCCGCCCCCCGUCACGAGUGCAGCUGGUGAGAGCCAAUACCAGUAGCCUAGAGGUGAGCUGGGGGGCGGUACCUACCGCAGACACCUACCUGUUGCAGCUGCAGAAGUACGAUAUCCCUCCCACCUCAGCCACCACCACCCCCGGGGUCAGCCCCGCGACAUCACUACCGGUCAACUCCCCCAAGAGCCCUGUCACAGCCUCUGCAGCGUCCCCGCAGGGCCUGCCUCUCCAAGGCAUAACGCUGGUCCCCUCCCCCACCACCACAAUGCCUGGGAGUCCACUGGCUGCUGCUAAUGCACGCGGGCCAGCUAUCUUGAAGGUGUCUGCUCCUCACGCCACCACAGGCACCUCCAUCGUCACGGUGAGACAGGCCAACCAGGGCGGGAAAUCUCCCGUAACGGUGACGUCACUUCCUGCCGGGGUCCGCAUGGUGGUGCCGGCCCAGGGUGCACAGGGAACGCCAAUGGGCAGCAGCCCUCAGAUGAGUGGCAUGGCUGCGUUGGCUGCAGCAGCUGCGGCCACCCAGAAGAUCCCGCCCUCCACGGCCACCAUGCAGCUGCCAGCCGGUGCUACUAUAGUCAAGACCGUGGCCAUGAGCCCCGGAGCACAGACUGCUAAAGUAGCUUCGCCUGUUAUGGUUAGUAACCCAGCAACCCGCAUGCUGAAGACUGCUGCCGCUCAGGUUGGCACGUCAGGUGUUGCCACACCCGGAACUCCUUCUCGCCCAAUCAUCACCGUGCACAAGUCUGGCACGGUGACGGUUGCCCAGCAACACCAGGUGGUUACCACGGUAGUGGGAGGAGUCACCAAGACAAUCACCCUGGUUAAGAGUCCCCUUACUAUGGGGGGAGGUGGAACACUGCUGUCUAACCUGUCCAACCUGGGCAAGGUGAUGUCCGUGGUCCAGACCAAGCCUGGUCAGACCGGAGCUGUGACGGGACAGGCUGGCUCCAGCCUCCAGCACAUUAUACAGACUAAAGGUCCCCUCCCGGCGGGCACCAUCCUGAAGCUGGUGACGUCAGCGGACGGCAAGCCAACCACCAUCAUCACAACGUCUCAGGCUGGGACCGCGGGAGGAAAGCCCACCAUCUUAUCUUACAGCGGCAUGCCCACCACCACCACCAAGCCUGGCACGCACAUCAUCAAGACCAUACCCAUGUCUGCCAUCGGACAAGCAGGAGUGACAGGAAGUGGUAUGAAGUCCCCCAUUACCAUCAUUACCACUAAGAUGAUGACACCAGGCACUGGAACACCAGGCAAGAUCAUCAGCGCAAUGCCCAGAGCUGGGGCUGGCCAGCAGGGACUCACACAGGUGGUGCUGAAGGGUGCUCCUGGACAGCCCGGGACUAUUUUACGGACCGUCCCCAUGGGAGGAGUACGUCUCGUCUCCCCGGUUACUGUUUCCGGCGUCAAACCUAACGUCACCACCCUUGUCGUCAAGGGAACCACGGGUGUGACAACGUUUGGUACGGUCACUGGCACAGUGUCUUCAAGCCUGGCGGGUGGAAGCGUUGCCACGGCUACCCCCAUCACCACCUUGGGCACCAUGACCACUCUGCCUGGACAGGUCACCGUCGCCGCAGCUCAGGCGGGAGCUCAACCCACUCAGGUGACCCUAAUCACGACCCCCAGUGGUGUGGAUGCUCAGCCUGUCCACGACCUCCCUGUCUCCAUCCUGUCCUCCCCUACUUCCGCCGACCCCUCGUCCACCCAGCCCGAGGCAGGCGACCCAGGAACGGUAACCCUGGUCUGCUCAAACCCACCCUGCGAGACCCACGAGACCGGCACUACCAAUACCGCUACAACGGCCUCGGCUAACAUGACUGGUAAUGGUGGGGUAGAGAGGAUGUGUACAAACCCGCCGUGCGAAACUCACGAGACCGGCACCACCAAUACUCAAACGACGGCGUCCUCCAACAUGGGCCAGGUGCAGCAGGUGUGCACCAACCCGCCGUCAGAGACUCACGAUACAGGUACCACCAACACCCAGACCAUCGCCAGCUGUAACAUGGGAUCUAACCAGCAACAACAAGGUUCCAGUGUGACCAACAACACCAGCGGGUCUGAUCCCCCGUCCUCUCCGUGCUCCUCUUCCUCCGGAGCCGUCUCGCCCUCGUCUGUCUCUGGUACCAGCUCUGUCCCCGGGGUGCUACGACCGGAGACUCUGAGAACGGGGACCACCUACACCUCGACCACCGCGCGCUCUAACAUGGGUUCUGACAAGAUGGGCAUGACGCUUAGCUCUUCGUCCUCAGAUAACCAGAGCAAGUCAUCCAACGCUGGUGGUGGAGGAGGAUCCCCACUCACCUCUUCUGUCUGCUCCAGUCCACCUUGUGAAACACACCAGACAAGCCCCACUGUGACCGGAGCUGAAGGCAGCAGCGCCACACAGGUCUGCUCCAAUCCACCUUGUGAAACACACCAGACAAGCCCCACUGUGACCGGAGCUGAAGGCAGCAGCGCCACACAGGUCUGCUCCAAUCCACCUUGUGAAACACACCAGACUGGCACUACCGCUACGUCGACGCAGGCCAACUCCAGUAUGGGCAACGGGCAGACUACAGGGACAGUGCAGAAGGUGUGUUCCAAUCCGCCGUGUGAAACACACGAAACGGGCACCACCAACACCCCGUCUCAGACUACGUCCAACCUGGCGGGAACGGGAACGGUCCAGAGAGUGUGUUCCAAUCCGCCGUGUGAAACACACGAAACGGGCACCACCAACACGGCUACUACAGCCCAGCCUGGUGACUCGACACAGGGAGACAACGGAACUACAGAGGCUCCCUCGUCGUCCUCGGUAACCACAGAGUCCAGCGCCGUGGUGGCGUCUGGUCGAGCAGUUACCACGGUUACCCAGUCCACACCCACACCUGGACCCUCCGUACCUGAGAUCUCGUCGAUGUCUGGGUCGUCUGAGGCGAUGGUGGCGGCAUGUAUAGAGGGAGAGGAGGCCAUGCAGACCGACUGUCUCCCAGAGGGCACGGUGAGGGUCGUGACCCUGGAGGAGGCUGCUGCAGCUGGGAUACAGGUCCAUGUGGAGGGCAUGGAGGAACAGAACCAGGGGGAGCAGGAGGGCCUGCCUGCAGAGCUGAUGUCUGAAGGUGGCUCGGUGGGCCAGCAGACCCUGAUGGUGACGGGUUUAACCCCCGAGGAGCUGGCUGUUACCGCUGCUGCUGAGGAGGCGGCACAACACGCUGCUACUGAGGAGGCUAACGCCCAGGCCAUGGCCAUACAGGCUGUCCUGCAGGCCGCACAGCACGCUGUCAUGAAUGAAGGAGACAGUGGCCAGACCACCGCCAUCCCCAUUGUGUUGACUCAGGCUGAACUGGCAGCCCUGGUUCAACAACAGCAGCAGCUACAGGAAGCCCAGGCCCUGGCUCAGGCAGCAGCGGCGGCGGCAGCAGCAGCAGCAGCACAGCACAACCAGCCCACCGAGGGCCUGGCCCCAGCAGACAGCCUGAACGACCCAGCGUCAGAGAGUAACGGCCAGGAGCUGGCUGCAGCAGUGACCCAGGCUGUGGCCCGGCUAGCCCCGACCUGCACCAUGGUGGUGACAAACCCGGCUAAGACUCAGCCCAUGAUGGUGGCCAGCCCGGCUAAGACUCAGCCCAUGAUGGUGGCCAGCCCGGCUAAGACUCAGCCCAUGAUGGUGGCCAGCCCGGCUAAGACUCAGCCCAUGAUGGUGGCCAGCCCGGCUAAGACUCAGCCCAUGAUGGUGGCCAGUCCGGCUAAGACUCAGCCCAUGAUGGUGGCCAGUCCGGCUAAGACUCAGCCCAUGAUGGUGGCCAGUCCGGCUAAGAUGCAGGCAGCUGCGACCCUGGCAGAGGUGGCUAACGGCAUAGAGUCUGCUGCAGGGAGGCAAGGAGCUCCUCCUGCGGUGGCCAAAGCCCCGGUGAAGAAAGACAACCAGUGGUUUGACGUUGGCAUCGUCAAGGUGACCAACACCGUGGUUACGCACUACUACCUGCCCACUGACGACCAAGCCACUGUCGACGAUGACUCUGGGGCCAUCCCGGACUACAGUCAGAUGAAGAAGAUGGAACUCCAGCCUGGGACGGCCUAUAAAUUCAGAGUGGCCGGGAUCAACACUUGUGGCCGGGGGAACUUCUCAGAGGUCUCAGCCUUCAAGACCUGUCUACCAGGCUUCCCCGGAGCUCCUUGUGCUAUCAAGAUCAGCAAGAGCCCAGACGGAGCCCACCUGACCUGGGAGCCUCCGUCCGUCACAUCUGGUAAGAUCAUCGAGUACUCGGUGUACCUGGCCAUCCAGAGCGCCCAGAGCGGGGAGCAGGCCAAGCCCACUACCACCACCACCCCAGCCCAGCUGGCUUUCAUGCGGGUGUUCUGUGGGCCCAACCCUUCCUGUCUGGUGCAGUCGUCCAGCCUCUCCAACGCGCACAUAGACUACACCACAAAGCCUGCCAUCAUCUUCCGCAUCGCAGCCCGCAACGAGAAAGGAUACGGCCCUGCCACGCAGGUCAGGUGGCUCCAAGAGGUAGGGAAAGAUGGCGUCGCAGCUAAGCCUACUGCCAAGAGACCAGGCUCCUCGCCUGACAUGAAAGCUACUGGUCCAAAGAAGGCCAGAUCAGACCAGUAAAAGGGGUUUCCUUCUUCUCCUCUUGUUUUCCAUGAUGACUAUGACUGAACUGAAUACAACACCUUCCUACUGAAUACAACACCCCAGCCUCAACCAGCCCCCUCACCAACUAUCUACAAUAUCCUUGCCUCAACCUCAGUCCCCCAAACCUGGACCCAGAGCGGUCCCCCAAACCUGGACCCAAACUACCCAUCAUUCACAAAACGGCCGCAAGGGAAAAACCCAUUUGAAAAUAAUCCCAGAACCCUGCCCUCAUCACUGGAGGUUGUGGUGCCAAGGACACCGUGUUUCAACUUCUUUAUUGGUUUAUUACUGAUCUUCUGUUAAAACGGUUGAAAGCACAUAAUUACAUUUCUCUUGCUUUUUUUUUCUUUUAUGAUUUUCGGUGAAAUCAAAAAAAAUACGAGAAAAAAAAAACUGUUGAGUCCGCUUUAACUGUAGUUGCUAGCUAGUUCUUUAGUCUCUAUCCCAUGCUUUCCCCCACUCCCGGGUUUAUCAACACGAGCAAUACACAGCACAAAUAGCUGUGUAUGUCCUAUGUCAUUUUGCUCGUCGGUCGAUUGGUCACAUUUAGAAGGAUCCGGAUGGUUGGAACAGAAGAACACAGCAUCAUAACGUUGUCACGGGGGCCGGGGGGGGGGAGAAAAACACAGCGAUGGGAAAACAGACAGCACUUGGGGAGGACAAAGUGUUUCUCCAUUUUGAAGGGGAAUCAUCGUCAUCGUCAACCGAUUUUAAGACUCUGUAUUUGUCCUGGCUUUCGUCUUGCUUUGUGACAUCACUGUGUUCAUUCGUACCCACGUCACAGGAAGUGUUUUUGAUGUAGGUUUAGGAGACUAGAGAAUAAAGUAGUCUGUUUCCUUUUCAUUGGAGGAUGCGUGGACACUGACUGACUGACUGACUGACUGACUGACUGACUGACUGACUGACUGAGCCAGGGUGAAAAGUACAAUGGUUUUUCACAGCCCUAUUUCGACAGGUAAUUUGACACUUAUUUCAGAAUUGGUGGUCUAAUGAAGCGUUAAAUAAAGGACUUUUUUUUUUUUGUACUUGCUCUGCUGCGGAAGAUGAACGAACAGAACGUAAGAUUUGACUAAAAGAAAGAGGCGAGUGGAUGUUUUUUUAGUUUUUUUUUUUACUUUCAGUUUUUUUUUUUAUGUUUUAUUAAAGGAAUUGAUUUGCAGAAGAAAAGCUCAUUUUCCACCUGUCCUCCUCCUCCUCGUCUCGACCUGUUGAUAGUCCAUAGAAUGCAUUUGUUGACAUCUUAUGGCAUUUAGAAGGUUAUUUUUCCAAACCUUGUUUUUAGAGUUCUGAGAAUUAACUGGGAUAUUUUCUGCCCCCCAAAAAUGCGGACAAACUGUUGAUAUUGAUAACCAUUCACAUUACUUUUGGUGUAUUGUUGUUGUUUAUUAUUAUUAUUAUUAUUAUUAUUCUUUGCUUUACAUAUGUUUAGGUAUGCAAGUGUGUGUAAUGUGACAAAUGUUUUCCAUGUAGUUGGCAUGCAUGUCUUUUUGAACAGAGCAUUUUAUUUACCUAGAGGUGGGAAAUGUUCGUUAUGAAGAAUGAUUGAAUGAUGCAGACAGGGUUUGAGCUCAGUUGUAAAUUAGUUCCUUCCUUCACGUAGCAAGUAAAGUAAAAAAGUAAAAAAAAAAAAAAAAAAUACUUUUUUAAUAAUUAUCUGUAACAAAAAUGUUUUUACAUGUUUGUCAUCUCGGUUGCUGUAUGUCUUGAUAUAUAUAAAAAAAAAAAAAAUUGAAAAACGAAA